AUGCUUGGAUACUCUGUCGAGGUGUCCUGGGUCCCCAGAGGGCGGCACGGGGGCGGAAAUCUGCUUUGGGACGUCGGGAGAGGAGGCGGGCACCGGGAGGCGCAGGGUCCAAAUCUGAGAUGUACCAAUCGACCCAUCACUGUGUCCGUCAUGAUCCCUCAGGAAAUUCUCGACCUAAUCAUCGACCAGCUGGGACAUAACCUGGAUGACGGGGAUAGUCACCGGUCACUCCUAGCAUGCUCUCUCACGAAUCGAGCCAUUAAUCACCGCUGCCGAAAGUACUUGUUUUCAACCAUUGCCGCUCCAAUAGAACCUUCAGCAACUGUCCAUCGACCGCGGGUCCUGCUUCUAACAAAGAUCCUGAAGAACAAUCCCCGCCUCACAGACUACGUCCGCCAUCUGCGUAUCCUCCAGCGGGUUACAAGAAAGGCCGUUCAGGAGGACUUUACGCAACAUUUUCCAACCGUCGUAAGCAUCCUCCUGAGAGACGGAUGCAGGCUGGAGACGCUCACGAUGCCGUAUGUCCACUCUUCAUCGAGCUCGAUAUCGGCGAUGUACAGCAAUAUGAUCUUGACGGUCCAGCACGCAAUAUUCGACAUGCUCCGUGGGUCGACUAUCAGCACAAUCAAGCUCUCCAACCUCACCUCCGUUCCCCCUUCCAUUCUCUUCCAAAGUCCCCACCUAAAACAUCUAGAAUUGAACGAAGUCAUAUUCCUCCCGUGUCCAGAACUAGCUGACCCCCCAGGAUCGGAAAACGUGCUGAAGUUGGAAACGCUGAUAAUUCACCGAUUCCUCUCCAAUUUCUUGUCGAUAUUCACUACCACCAUGGAGGGUGGAUUGAAGCACCUCGAUUGUCGUAUUGCUGGUUUAUCGGAUGCGAAAGGGUUCGAGAGUGUUCUUGCGCAUUCAAGGUCUUCGCUUGAAGAACUGAGCUUCUCUACUGCCAGCAAUGCAAUCUCUCUAUCACAAUGCUUCAGUUCAGCUCUAAACCUUGAUCAUUAUCCUUCCUUGCGAAAGUUGUCGAUUGGCCUCGCCCUUAUCGAUCACGCCCGAUAUGCCGCGAGGGAAGAUUCAUUGCUGCUCGUUCGGCCCUCUAAACCGGCACCGUUGCAAUCCCUGGUUCUUUCAAUUGAGCCAUUGAUGUCCCUCUAA